AUGUGGGGGUCACCUGAUGGCGCUAUCCCUGAUCGGGAGAUUUGUUUUGGCCCUGUCCCAGUUUGGGUUGGGGAAUCCCGGUCGCACCUUCCCCCCACCGUCAACAAGAAUUCCGUCCGAGCCGUGCGACUCACAUUCUCCCUCCCCUGCGCGUCUGUCGGCCCAGCCUUUUUAUUGUCUUUCAUCGAUUUUCGCAUUCGUGUCGCGACGCUAAUAGUGAUGUCAACCCAAUUCUCGUCGCUCAAGCGGGCUCAGACGGAUCUCCCAGAGCAGUCAGUGAGCCCGAUGCGACAAGGGUCAACGGCAUCUACCAACUCGUCCAUUUACUCUGCGUCCAGCUCGUUUGUACCGAGUCGAACGAGUACAGUCUCCUCGAAUUCAUCGAUACCGUGUAACUUGGGCCACCACCGAGGGAAAAGCGAAGCAAGUACCAUGGUGGGCUCAAUGACCGCCGCUGUGAAAAAAACUGAACGCGAAAGUUGGACAAACGCCGGCACCGCAUAUAACAACAUUCGUCGGUCUCUGCGGCCACUGCAACAAGCGCCCAAUAUCCCUCCUUCCGCGAAGCCCAGCGCGUUUCGGCACUCGCGGAGUCAGACGAUUGAUGAAUCGCAGAACCGGAAGGACUACCGUCCAAGCACCCCGGAGUCGCGCCAUGCUCACUUCCAAGAAAAUGAAUCUCCUCGUCACAAAGCAGUUGGCUUCGAGCCUCAGACCCCUCCUCCCGCUUCGCCUCACCACUGGUCCCCCAACCCGGCAUCCUCUCGUCCUUCUUCACCCCAAAAGACGCUCUCCAACAGUCCUCACCCUCCACAACUCACUACCGCGCUAUCUGCGCCGGAACUCGAAACCUUCCAGAAAUCAUCCACGCGUCACCUGAGGACCCUCUCCAAGAUCGCGCAGUCUGGGGAAAACGAGGAGUUUCAGUUUGGAACGACCACGCCUACUGUGGUAGGCUUGCAAGGGCGCCGACGUCUGAAGCGUGCCGAUUCAGUGGCUGGAAGAAAUGGUGCAGUGUCCCCUCAAAAGCCGAGUACAUCCUCAUGGGCCGCAGGAAACUGGAUGGACCAACAACGCCAGUUCCUGCAAGCGUACGAGUACCUGUGUCACAUUGGAGAAGCCAAAGAGUGGAUUGAGGAGGUGAUCCAGACACAAAUCCCGCCGAUCGUUCAGCUGGAGGAAGCUCUCCGAGAUGGUGUUACGCUUGCUGAGGUCGUGCAAGCCAUGUAUCCGGACCGUACACUUCGCAUUUUCCGCAACCCCAAGCUUCAGUACCGCCAUUCAGACAAUAUCGCUGUGUUCUUCCGUUUUCUAGACGAAAUCGAGCUGCCGGAACUGUUCCGAUUCGAACUCAUUGAUUUGUAUGAGAAGAAGAAUCUUCCCAAGGUCAUCCACUGCAUCCACGCACUAUCCUGGUUGCUUUUCAAGAAUGGUCUCUUGGACUUCCGCAUGGGCAACUUGGUUGGCCAGCUCGAAUUCGAGCACCAUGAGCUCGAGAAAACCCAGAAAGGACUGGAUAAAUCGGGGGUUAGCAUGCCUAGUUUUGCAGGGAUGGCUGCGAACUUUGGUGCAGAACCGGAGCCGGAGCCGGAGCCAGUUGAAACCGAAGAGGAACGAAUCGACCGCGAGUUGCACGAACACGAAGCUUCCAUCAGUGACUUCCAGGCUCAAAUUCGAGGAGCGAUGCUGCGCCUGAAGCUCGGCUCUACGAUGAAUGAUCUUUGGGACUUUGAGCCUUUCUUGAUUGAUUUGCAGGCGCGGCUGCGUGGGGAUUGGGCCCGACAGAUUAGCCAGUACCGACUCAGCAUGCGUCAGUUCGCGGUCAACUUGCAGGCGAUCAGUCGGGGAUUUAUUGUCCGUCAUCGCCAGCAGGGAGAGAAGCAAUCACGCAAAGCUCAAGAGUAUGACAUUCUCAAAUUGCAAAGCCUAAUCCGUGGUUCCCGAGCCCGUGCACAAGGAAGCAGACUGCAAACCCGCGUGCGGUGUGAAGAAUCUGGCAUCAAGCAGUUCCAAGCUGCCAUCAGGGGUGCGUUGCAGCGAAAGAACAUUUCCGACCAACACGAGGAGACUCGAUGUGCCGAACAGGAUAUCGCAGCGCUGCAAGCCGUCCUCCGUGGUGCCUUGCAAAGGAAGCAAAUGAGUGCGCAGUCCCUUGAAGUGGAGCAAUCCAGUGCCCCCGUCAAGUCACUGCAGGCAGUGAUCCGAGGGACACUUCGCCGCCAGCAGUUGGCUCAAAUGAAGGCCUCCCUUCACAGUGAAGCCACCAAGAUCACCUCCAUUCAAUCAAACGCCAGGGCACUGGUAGCACGGAAGCGCCAUUCGCAGUUCCUUGCCGCCCUUGCAGAAACCCAGAGCGAAUGCACUGCAUUGCAAGCUAUAGUUCGGGGCGCUACAAUCAGAAAAGACAACACUGCUCUCCGCACCGAGCUGGCACAGCACCAAACAUCGGUGAUCGACUUACAGGGCAUCCUCAGGGGACAAGCUCAAAGGCAAUUCCUGGAUUCACAGCGGCGCUCGCUGGCCAAGGAAGAAGCUAGCAUUUUGGAAUUGCAAUCCAGAGCAAGGGCUGUCAUCCAGCGAAACCAGCGGGCUGCUGAGCGAAAAUCCCUGGAGAAGGAAGAGCCUGCCAUCAUCGAGCUCCAGGCGCUGGCUCGCGCCGCGGUUUCGCGAAUUCAAGUGGGCGGUAUUCUCACUGAUCUGGAAGACAAUGAGGAGGAAAUUGCUCAACUCCAAGCUCUGGCCAGGGCCAUGAUCGCACGGGUCGAAGUUGGCCAGAUGCUGUCUGAUCUCGAAGCGGAAGAAGAUAUUGUCACCGACCUUCAAUCACGCAUCCGAGGACAAAUCAUCCGCAACCGCUUUGAGGAACGGCGCCGCCACUACAACGAGAACAUGGAGAAGGUCAUCAAAGCCCAGAGUGUUAUACGAGGCCGGAUCCAGGGCCAGGCUUACAAGAGCUUGACAAGCGGGAAGAACCCGCCUGUCGGAACUGUCAAGGGCUUUGUGCACCUCCUCAACGACAGCGACUUUGACUUUGACGAGGAAAUCGAAUUUGAGCGACUGAGGAAGGUUGUUGUUCAGCAAGUACGACAAAAUGAGCUCGCUGAGCAGUACAUCAGCCAGCUGGACAUCAAGAUCGCCCUUCUGGUCAAGAACAAGAUCACUCUCGAUGAAGUUGUCAAGCACCAAAAGCACUUUGGAGGCCACAUUGGCAACCUGCUGUCCAACACUGAGAUUUCUUCCAAGGACCCAUAUGAUCUCAAGGCUCUGAACAAAACCUCAAGGAAGAAGUUGGACCAGUAUCAGGUGUUUUUCUUCCUCCUUCAGACUCAAUCACAGUACCUGGCUCGGCUCUUCCGGCGGUUACGCGAACUCAACACCUCAGACAAGGAAUACGAGAGGAUCAGGCACCUGAUGAUGGGGCUGUUCGGAUACUCGCAGAAGAGACGUGAAGAGUACUACCUCAUCAAACUUCUAGCACGCUCGGCAAAGGAAGACAUCGAUAGCUUCGCAUCGCUUCCUGAAUACCUGCGCUGUACCUCUUUCUGGAACAAACUCUUUGGUUCAUAUGCGAAAUCACCGCGGGAUCGCAAAUUCUUGCGUGAUGUCUUGGGAACCGUGGUUCGCGAGUCCAUCAUUGACAACCCCGAGCUUGAUCUGGAAAGCGACCCGAUUCAAAUCUACCGCUCCGCCAUCAACAACGAGGAGCUUCGCACCGGUCAGCGAAGCCGCCGUCAACCCGAUCUCCCUAGAGAAGAAGCAAUCAGAGAUCCCGAAACGAGGGAAACCUUCAUCCAGCACUUGCAAGAUCUUCGCGACAUCGCUGAUCAAUUCUUCUUGGGCUUUGAGAAUUUCUUGUACCGUAUGCCUUUUGGGAUCAGAUACCUCGCCCAGCAGAUGUAUCAAUAUCUUCUGGAGCAGUUUUCGAGCGAGGACCCCGGUUAUAUUCUUCAGACAGUUGGCCACUGGGUGUGGAAGAACUAUUUCCAGCCUGCCGUGUUGGAACCGGAGAAAUAUGGAGUGGUCGAUCGGGGUCUGACCCAAGAACAGAAGCGGAACCUCGGGGAGAUAUCCAAAGUCGUUGCGCAAGUCGCUUCUGGAAGGCUCUUUGGAACCGAGAACGUCUACUUGCAACCUCUGAAUAGCUACAUCGGGGAGUCGAUCCAACGCUUAGGGCGUAUUUGGGGUCAGAUGAUCUCGAUCCAAGACGCGGAGUCCUAUUUCGACAUCGACGAGUUUAACGAUCUUUACGCCAAGGCCAAACCCACUCUGUAUAUCAAAAUGUCCGACAUCUUCUCAAUCCACCAACUCGUGGCCUCGGAAAUCAGUUACAUGUGUCCACAUCCAGACGACUUCCUCAAGGAGCUUGUGCGUGAACUGGGCAACGUCAAGAGCAACGAAAACGAAUUGAUGAGUGUCAACUCCGCCGAAGUCAACCUCACAUUAAACCCGAAGCUGGCUCAAGUCGAGGAUCCGGAAGCAGAUGUCAAGGCGUUGUUUAUGGAAACGAAGCGAUGUAUCCUUUACAUCAUCCGAGUUCAGAGCGGUGCCAACCUAAUGGACAUUAUGGUCAAACCACCAACCGAGGAGGAUGAAGAACGGUGGCAAACACUGGUUACCAAGGAGCUUACCACUAACAACGCUCGUCGAGGUGCCUACUCUGAGGCCAGCACCCUGAUCGAUAUCGGAUCGAUGGACUAUGCCGAGCUCAAACACACUGCCCUCGAAAACAUUGUUCGCCUUGAGCAAACAGGCAAAAUCACUCGCCACAACCACUACCAAGAUCUCUUGAACGCCAUUGCCAUCGAUAUUCGCACCAAACAUCGACGCAGAAUCCAGCGCGAACGAGAACUGGAGGGCUCCCGACUGACUUCCGGUCGAUUGAGCGACCAAGCCAUCUACCUCGACCAACAGCUCAAGACUUACAACGACUACAUCGAGCAGGCCAUGAUCACUCUGCAGAACAAGAAAGGAAAGAAACGUUUCUUGAUGCCAUUCACUAAGCAGUGGGAUCACCAGCGAGAACUCCAAAAGUCAGGCAAGGUAUUCAAGUUUGGGUCCUACAAGUACUCCGCUCGCACCCUGGCCGACCGCGGAGUCCUGGUGUCUUGGAAGGGCUACACAGAACGACAAUGGGAACGGGUUGACUUGACCAUUUCCAGCAACGAAGUCGGGGUGUUCACCAUCGACGGCAGCAGCGGCAACAUGAUGAUUCCCGGCGCCAACGCGCAAGUGCCGCUGGACGAUUUGUUGCAGGCUCAAUUCAACAACCUGCAAUUCAUGGACUUUUUCGACGGACAUAUGCGGGUCAAUGUCAACCUCUUCUUGCAUUUGAUCAUGAAGAAGUUCUAUAAUGAAUGA